UUUGGUAUGUCAUCGGCAGUUUUUUGUGGCUUUUCUGCAGCGUCCCUGAUAGAGCUGCGCUAAGGGGGACUGUUGCUCAAUGGCUUCACAAAGUGUCUUGUCGCACAGAUCUCCUUAUGCCUCCUUAUUAGGUAGUCUCAAGACUACUAAACCGAAGACUCAACAACCAGUCCGUAGAAGAGCCUCGGCCCUUUUCGUUCUUUUUGUGCCUCGGAACUGCAAUCAAAACAAUGGCCUCUCCAAGAACGGCCGAGCUAAGACGCCUGCUGGCGCGUCCCUACCCAUGGGCCAAGAAGCCCUUCAUCGUCGGCGCCCCGAUGCGCAUAAUGGCCGGCCCACAACUCGCUGUCGCCGUCUCGGCGGCCGGCGGUUUGGGAUUUAUUGGACCCCAGGCAAAGCCGGACGGACUGUCGGCUGAUCUCGACAAGGCGCGGGAGUUGGUCGCUGCCUCGACUAGUUUGCGCCACCCCCUGCUGCUGCUGCCCGUUGGCGUCGGCUAUCAGGUCUGGAACGGAGACUUGAAGACGGCAACGUCUGAUGUUGAGAAGCACAGGCCGUGUGCGGUGUGGCUGUUUGCUCCGAGGAAUGGCCAGUCGGAGCUGGAUGAGUGGACGGUUUCUCUUCGGGGAGCGUCUCGGGAGACGCAGAUCUGGAUCCAGGUCGGCACGCUGAGCGAUGCGGUUGCCGCUGUCAACAGCUCGACGCCUCCGGAUGUUUUGGUCGUUCAGGGCACGGAAGCGGGCGGGCACGGCAUGGUCAGGGACACCACCGGGACCAUUGUUCUCUUCCCAGAAGUGGCCGAUGCAGUCAAAGAGUCGGGGAUUCCCGUCGUUGCAGCAGGGGGAAUCAUCGAUGGUCGAGGAGCUGCAGCCGCGUUGGCCCUGGGUGCCGCCGGUGUGGCCAUGGGAACUCGAUUUCUUGCUUCGUCGGAGGCUCGCAUCGCCAAGGGGUACCAGGACGAAGUAGUUCGGGCGUCUGAUGGCGCGAAAAACACUCUGCGGACCCAGCUGUACAACCAUUUGCGCGGCACGUUUGGCUGGCCGGAGCAGUUCUCCCCUCGGACUCUGAUUAAUCGCAGCUGGAUCGAUCAUGAAGCCGGUGUCCCCUUUGAGAAGCUGCAGGUGCUGCAUGACGAGGCGGCCAAGAGUGGUGAUGCCGGUUGGGGUCCGGAGGGGAGACUGGCAACGUAUGUGGGUGCCGGCGUAGGUCUUGUGAGGAGCGUGCAAGGUGCUGGAGAGAUUGUUGAGAGCGUGAGAAACGAGGCAAGAGACAUUCUGAAGGCUUUGAGCGACGAUCUGUGA